UUAAUAUAAAGCGUGUAAAAAAAAAAAAUGAAGUGUCGGGUGGGACUUGCUAAGGUCCAUUAUGAGAAAUAGAAAAAGCGUAGAGCUAGGAGAAAAAGAGGAAUCAGCCUUGUAAAAACCGAGAGGAGUACAAAUAAUUGAUGUUAUGAAAUCGUAUAUCAUUAUAAUUAUACAAUAAUUAAAAAAAAAAGUAUCUCAACGUGUCAUUAGUUGGAAGCAGGUGGUUGGUGGAUGCAUGAAGGAUUUAACAUCACACAAAAGGUUAGGAUCAUCAAGGAUAAAAUAGAUAAAUUUUUCACAAUUUGAAAAUCAAUCGAAAUGUCAUGGAUCCGAGAAAGCACUCUAAGUUGUCUGCAGACGUGUGCUAUGAAAGUGUUAAAAAGCGGACAAAUACCUCGACAUGUCGCUUUUAUAAUGGACGGUAACAGGCGGUAUGCAAAUAAAAAACAAUACAACAGCUUCAUCCAGGGUCACACUGAGGGUUUCAAUAAGCUGGCGGAAACCCUGCAGUGGUGCUUGGAUCUCGGGGUCAGAGAAGUCACUGUCUACGCGUUCAGCAUCGAGAACUUUAAGCGCAGCAAAGAGGAGGUCCAGGAGUUGAUGACGUUGGCAGAAAAUAAAUUCAAAAAAUUAUUGGACGAACGGGAAAAGCUAAUGGAGCACGGAGUCAGGAUCUGUAUCGUAGGCAACAUGUCUCUGAUCUCGGAAAAUUUGAGAAAACUUAUGGAUGAGGCGAUGCUGAUCACCAAAGGCAACUCCAAGGCUCUGCUGAAUGUCGCCUUUGCUUACACGUCCAGAGACGAAAUUGUUGAGACGAUUAAAAGCUUAGCUCAGAAGGUUGAUGCCAGCCAGCUGCUUCCCGAGGAGAUUGAUGAGAAGUUGUUCGCUCAGAAUAUGUACACCUGCGAGUCCGCGGAUCCUGAUUUGAUCAUCCGCACCUCUGGGGAGGUCAGGUUCUCCGAUUUUCUUCUGUGGCAGUUCAGCUACUCGUAUAUUUAUUUUUCUAAAGCCUUUUGGCCGGAGUUUAGUGUCUGGGAUUUUUUAAAAGCUAUUUUUUAUUACCAGCGGAACUGUGAUGAGUUGCAAAGACUUAAAUGUUACUCUGAAUUAUCGAAUAAAGUGUAAAUGUUUUAUUUUAUUUUAUUUAAAGAACUUGUUCAAAAUGGAUAAUUUUAGUAGGAAUUUGUUUUUUAAUUUUAUUUAGACAGUUUGUAACUUUGUAUACGUAAAUUAGCAGAUGUCUUAAAAAUUUAUAGAAUUUUUUUAAAAAUGUAAUUUAACUGUGAAAUAAGUCUGCUACUU